AUCUUAUCAUGGACCAAUAGCACCGGGAGAACCAGGCCCCGCCCAGAGGUUGCCUAGCCAAUUGGCGAGGGGCAUCGAACACAGCGGCGGCGCGGCAUGGCGGGCGGGGUCCGGGAAGUGCUCACGCUGCAGUUGGGGCACUUCGCCGGCUUCGUGGGUGCGCACUGGUGGAACCAGCAGGAUGCUGCGCUAGGCCGAGCGGCAGAGGCCCAGGAGCCACCUGGAGAGCUGAGCCCCGACGUCCUGUACCGCACCGGCCGGACGCUGCACGGCCAGGAGACCUACACGCCACGCCUCAUACUCGUGGAUCUGAAGGGUAGUCUAAGCUCCCUACAGGAGGAAGGCGGACUCUACAGGGACAGACAGCUGGACGCUGCGAUCGCAUGGCAGGGGAAGCUCACCACGCACCAAGAGGAGCUCUAUCCCAAGAGCCUUCACCUCCAGGACUUUCCUGGGGCAGAGGGAGUACUGAGUAGUGAAGGUAUCUGGAGGGUCAAAUCCAUUCCUAAUGGCAAAGGUCCCCCACCACACACCACUGCUGCAACUACAAAACCACUAGUUCCCACAGAGGGCAGCAUCAGAGUCUGGUCAGAUUUCCUUAGAGUCCAUCUCCAUCCCCGGAGCAUCUGUAUGAUCCAGAAGUACAAUCAUGAUGGGGAAGCAGGUCGGCUUGAGGCUUUUGGCCAAGGGGAGAGUGUCUUGAAGGAACCCAGGUAUCUAGAAGAGCUGGAGGACAGGCUGCAUUUCUACGUAGAGGAAUGUGACUUCUUGCAGGGCUUCCAGAUCCUAUGUGACCUGCACGAUGGCUUCUCUGGGGUAGGGGUUAAAGCUGCAGAGUUGCUACAAGAUGAAUAUUCAGGGCGAGGAAUAAUAACCUGGGGCCUACUACCUGGCCCCUACAAUCUUGGGGAGCCCCAGAAAAACAUCUACCGCCUGUUAAAUACAGCUUUCGGUCUGGUACACCUGGCUGCUCACAGCUCUCUCGUCUGCCCUUUAUCCCUGGGUGGAAGCCUAGGCCUGCGACCUGAGCCACCUGUCAACUUCCCUUACCUGCAUUACAAUGCUGCUCUGCCCGUCCACUGCAGUGCCAUCCUGGCUACAGCCUUGGACACAGUUACUGUCCCCUACCGCCUGCGAUCCUCUCCAGUGUCCAUGGUUCAUCUGGCUGAUAUGCUGAGCUUCUCUGGGAAGAAGGUGGUGACAGCAGGAGCAACCAUCCCCUUCCCCUUGGUUCCAGGCCAGUCCCUUCCUGAUUCGCUGGUGCAACUUGGAGGAGCCACCCCAUGGACCCCACUGUCUGCAUGUGGGGACCCUUCUGGAACACGCUGCUUUGCCCAGUCAGUGGUGCUGAGGGGUGUUGACAAAGCCUGCCACACAAGCCAUCUCUCCCCAGGGACACCUCUACGAUCCCCACUCCAUGCGUGUACCACUGGGGAAGAAGUCUUGGCCCAGUAUUUACAACAGCAGCAGCCCAGAGUCAGGAGGUCAUUCUUCCCAUCUGCUGCUGACCCCCUGCAUGGUGGCUCCUCCUUACCCCCAUCUCUUCUCCACAAGCUUCAGCCACGAGCACGGUGUAGUUCCCAAUGGCCCCCCAAAAGGGGCAGCAGCAAGCAGCAUCCCUGUAUUAGGGGCACUGUGCUCUUCCUCGUCCUUGCACCGCACCUUGGAAGCCUUGGCAAAAGAGCUCACCAGACUUGACCUGCGACGAUGGGCCAGCUUCAUGGAUUCUGGGGUGGAACAGGAUGACCUUGAGGAGCUGCUGCAGGAGCUACAAAGCCUGGCCCAGUGCUACCAGGAUGGCGAUAGCCCUACCCACUAAAGCUCCAGGCUGGGGGAAAAGAGCUAGUUUAUAAUAAAAACUGCUGGAUGUAGGAGCCUGGUAUCCUGAGACUAGCUCCACCAACACA